AUGUUGAUCUUGCGGAUCUGGAAAGGCCUUUUACGAUUGAGGAAGUUAAAAGAGCUGUAUUUGACCUUGGGGGUGACAAAGCGCCGGGGCCGGAUGGAUUUCCUAUUUUUUUUCUUUAAGCAAAAUUGGGAUACGAUCAGUGAGGACCUUUUCCGGCUCUGUGAAGAUUUCUAUUACUUUAGAGCUAACCUGGAGAAGAUCAAUUGGGCCAAUAUCGCCCUUAUCCCUAAAGUUGCUGCGCCGGCCUCUCACAGUGACUACAGACCCAUCAGCUUGAUUAACUCGACGUUGAAGAUCCUCUCCAAAUUAUUGGCCACUCGGCUCAGUAAGGCUUUAAUUGGCCUGGUGGAUCCUGAACAGUCGGCCUUCCUCAAAGGUCGAUGCAUCCUUGAUAACAUUGCCACUGCAGAAGAACUACUUUUUAGCAUUCAUAAGCGUCGAGUCUCUGGGCAUAUUUUAAAAGUGGACUUCUCUAAAGCUUUUGACACAGUGGAUUGGGACUUCCUUUUUGAUUUAUUGACAAUCAGGGGCUUUGGAGAUAGGUGGGUGGGUUGGAUUAAAAGUAUCUUGUUCUCUUCCAAGGCUUCUAUUCUGGUUAAUGGUUCACCUAAUGGCUAUGUUCGUUACCAAAGGGGUUUAAGACAAGGAGAUCCGUUGUCUCCCAUGUUGUUUGUGCUCGUCAUGGAUGCCCUCUGCGCUAUGUUCAUUCACGCGCUUAGAUCCAAGGUGUUGAUUGGGGUGCCUUUAGGGAACUACGGGCGUAAGUGUAAUCUGCACUAUGCAGACGAUUUGCUAAUCUUGUCUUUGGGUGGCCUUGAAGAUUUGAGGGUGAUUAAGCUGAUGUUAUACGUCUUUGAAGGGAUGACCGGGUUAGCGACGAAUUUCUCCAAAACUUGUCUUUAUGCUUCCGACCGCGACACUCUUCCAGAUCCAGUUGCAGCUAGCACCCUCAGCUGCGCUAGGGGGAUCCUCCCGGUUACCUAUUUGGGUAUCCCGAUUUCUGGUAGAAGACCUCGUAGACAGGAUUGGGAGGAGAUCAUAACUAAAAUCAACAACCGGCUACCAUUGUGGAAAGGGAGAUACUUGUCGCUUGGUGGACGACUCACUUUGGUUAACUCUGUCCUUUCGGCUAUUCCUACAUAUUGGAUGUCCCUUUUUAAGGUACCCUGCUGGGUCAUUAAAAAGAUAAAUAGGAUUCGUAGAGAUUUCUUGUGGUCUGGGACGGAUAUUGAUCAUCCUAAAUGUAGACUGGUUGGUUGGAAGACCCUUUGCCGCCCUCGCGAAUUUGGGGGUUGGGGCAUAUUAGAUUUGCAUUGUUUCAAUCAAGCGUUGUUGGGCAAAUGGUGGUGGAAGUUCAUGUCUGAUGCGUCUUGGUGUGGGGCGAAUGUUAUUUUGUUUAAUUAUGGCAUGCAGCGUUGGAACAUGUUCCCCCGGCUUUCUGGGAGGGUAUCCUUCUUCUGGAAAGGGGUGCUAAGCUGCCUCCCCGCUCUAAGAGGUUGUGUGUUACAAGGCGUGAGCUCCGGGAUGGAGACUCUUUUUUGGAAAUAUCGCUGGAUUAAUGGUUGUGCUCCUAUGUUUCUUUGGCCUGAGGAGUUUAGUAGGACGACUGCGCCCAAUGGUACGGUACGAGAAAUGUUGACUGUUUGUGGGCAGGCCCCUUUCUCGGCUAACCUUGAUAUCCAAAAUACCUUGUCGCGGAUUCAAGGACUGGAUGGAAGUGGGGGCGACAGGAAGUGGUGGAGACUUACAGGCAAUGGCACCUUCUCGGUUAAAUCAUUUUAUAGCUUCUUGAUAGAUGGUGGGUUGCGGUGCCCAGUUGCGCGAUUUUUCUGGCGUAACUCAUGUCCCAAGAAAAUCACUUUGUUUAACUGGCUUGCUUGGAAAGAUAGAGUUCUUUCUCUUGAGAACCUUGAAAAAAGAAGGUGCAACCGUCUCCCUACUGCUACCUGUGUUAUGUGCAAUGCUGGAUUGGAAACGGUGGAUCACCUGUUCCUCCAGUGCUCUUUUGCUAGACAAGUGUGGGACUACUUUGAGCGCCUCUUUCAUCUCUCAGAAGCUCCUAGAUUCAUGCAUUUGAUCUGGGGUUCUUGGCGUUCCUCGCUGAGGAAUGAUUCACGGGAGUUAGGAGAUCUGGUGGUCAAAGCUAUUGUUUGGAAUAUUUGGAUUGCUAGAAAUGAUUGCAAUUUUAAUGCUAAUUGUUUGACUGCGCAUGCUCUUACCAUUAAAAUUGAUCAUAUGUUAUUAUCCUGGUUUACUUCAGUUGCUGAGGGGUCUAGAGCGAAGUUGGACGCUCCUGCUGAUUCCAUUCGCCGUAGUCUGUUUCAGGAUGGAUCCCGGGUGGAGGAGAUUGGUGGAGCUAUGCUUUCGGAGGGAUCAGGAGGUGCUGUGCCUUCUGAGGACACUUUGGCCCAGUCCAUGGGUUAG